AUGGAAGUUGCUUCCCCGUCAGUACAGAACGUUGAAUCAACCAUCUGGUUUCUUCAAGAGAGCGAUUUAUAUUCCACAGUGAAGCCGUACAGCCUCGCUUUCACCCCUCAAGGAUCCCUUCCCCGGGACAACAUUGUUCGCACUGAAGUGCAUGUGUCAGUAUCCGACCUUCGCGGCUCGAGCCAUUCUUUCAGCCUGGAACAGAAUGGAUUCAUGCUUCUAAACCUUGACGGUCAAGAUCAUACCGUCGACUGGGACUCUCAGGAGGCUGUCGAGAAGGUUCACUACCCGACGGUGAUUGCCGCUGUCGAAAGAGCCGACUACAGUGUAUGGCAUCCCCUCCAAGGCCCGAAUCAGGACUGGCCACUAGCUCUGUGCGACGCGGCGACUCUGGAUCCUCAGCGAGAUCUGGAGGUUGCGGACUAUGUGACUCGAACUACGAACAGAGAGCAUUCCCUCGUUUAUGCCCGUCCCAGCCAUCGUUGGUGGUACUUGAGCGAACAGAAGAGCAGCGAGGCUCUCUUGUUCCGUCAACAUGACUCUGCCAAGGGGUCUAUGUCAGGCGUGCCGCAUGCAUCAUUUCAGAACCCAAACUCGGUACAGAAGAAGCCUAGGGAGAGCAUCGAGGUGGUGGUGGUGAUUUUCACUCCCUGA